AUGUGGGAAAUGUCGAAAAUGACGAUACCUGAAUUAAGGCUACCGGUUGUUUGUUGUUCAGCAACUCCUGAUGAAUCUUCUUCUUCAAUUGAUAUGGAUGAGAUUUCAAGGAUUUCCCAAAUUCGAUCUGAUCCCGAACCUGAUGGAUCGAAAAUACCUGAUAAAGGAACCGUGUCUUUUUUAAUACCUCCUACAAAUUCUUCAACGAAAAGGAGGCAUUCGUGGAUUUGUAGGUUAAAAUCGCAAACACACACUCACACACACGCACACACUCACUACAUAUGA